CUUUCUGAGGAAGAGGGCGUAGGCUCGGUCAGCCUGUAGAAGAGGAAGGUGCCGACUGCCAAAUUGCUCGCGCACAACCGCGAGGUCCUGACAGCAGCACGAGCGAUGCGAGUCGAAGGCUGCGAGGAAACAAAAUAAACAGAAACACCUCGGCCGAGUCUCGUCUUGUUUCAGCGGCGUGAAGAGCAACACAGCGCAGUGAGCAUGUCGGUGCUAGCUCUGCAAGAGUACGAAUUCGAGAGACAGUUCAAUGAGGACGAAGCCAUCCGAUGGAUGCAGGAGAACUGGAAGAAGUCCUUUCUCUUCUCUGCACUCUACGCUGCCUGUAUCCUCGGGGGCCGCCAUGUCAUGAAACAGAGGGAGAAGUUUGAGCUGAGGAAACCGUUGGUGCUAUGGUCGCUCACACUUGCUGUAUUCAGUAUAUUCGGUGCCAUCCGUACUGGGAGUUACAUGAUGUACAUCCUGAUGACGAAAGGGCUCAAACAGUCAGUUUGUGACCAGAGCUUUUACAACGGGCCUGUCAGCAAGUUCUGGGCAUACGCCUUUGUACUUAGUAAAGCACCAGAACUGGGUGACACUCUCUUCAUCGUCCUGAGGAAACAGAAGCUCAUCUUCCUGCACUGGUACCACCACAUCACCGUGCUGCUCUACUCUUGGUACUCCUAUAAAGACAUGGUGGCUGGUGGUGGAUGGUUCAUGACCAUGAACUAUUUGGUCCACGCCGUCAUGUACUCUUAUUACGCUUUGAGGGCGGCUGGCUUCAAGGUGUCGCGCAAUUUCGCCAUGUUCAUCACACUCACCCAGAUCACCCAGAUGCUGAUGGGUUGUGUGGUCAACUACCUGGUGUACUCAUGGAUGCAGCAGGGCCAGGAGUGUCCAUCCCACAUGCAGAACAUUGUGUGGUCCUCCCUCAUGUACCUCAGCUACUUUGUGCUCUUUGUCCAGUUCUUCAUCGAGGCCUACAUUGGCAAGUCCAAAUCAUCGGCUAUGGCUGUCACCAAGAAGAGCGAGUAAAAAAAUGCCAUAAGUAUGGGAAGAAGGGAGAUGAUGAAGAAAAGGGAGGUGGGAAUGGAGAGCAGGUACCAGUGACUUGAGAGAGUCUGUUAGGAUUGGGUAGGGGUUGCUGGAAUGAAAGAUGGAUGAUGGAGUGGGUGCAUAGAGGCCCGGGGGAGUAGGGGUGGGGUGGGAGGGGGGGGGUCAAGAAGAUGGCUGGUGUUUGUGCUUGAGCAUUACUAAUAAUGUGCAGAUCUAAAAUGCCCCAAUGGAGGUUACGUCUCCGUUAAGGGAAGCAGCGCCGCCAUGAUAAGAAGCCAUCACGAGUUGUCCACCUGAAGUUUAAACGCCCCUUUUUGAAUUCACAAUGAAUAGUUUUUAAAACCUAAAAGAUAACAAAAGGACAGAAUCGCCAGAUUUAAAAAAAUUACAUCUGCCAUGUGCAUAUGUUUACUUGAUAUUAAAAAAGAUAUUAAUUGGUACAUAUGAAGAUGGAUGGAGUCAGCGUUUACUUGAGCCAUCUGAGUAUGUUUUUGUCCGUCUGUCAUCAGUGUUUGUUGUUUUGUUUUGAUCUGUCAAAGGAAAAGUUAAAGACACUGGUGAGUGUGUGAAGCUGCUGAGUGUUGGUGGUUGAUAUGAGUUGAUGGGGUGAACGGCACUGUAUCUUCUGUGACUUACAUUGCAAAAUGCGAUAUUUUCUCAGGUCUUAGGUUAUCUCUUUCUUAAUAUAAUAUGCAUAUCAAGACAAAGUAGACAUGUUUAACAUCAGCACCGGUUUACAGUAUGGCUGAAAUUCAUCUAGAACGGGCGCAUAGUUGAAAAAAGUAUGACUGAUUGGAGGAACACGUCUCCGAUGACCACACUGCUCCUGGGCAUGAUGGGAAACAGAUGCUGACAGUGCCCUGCUUCACCACUCGUCAUGACCUUGCAGAAGUUGCCGACCACACUUGGAAAAUGACUUGCCAUUGAUUUCCAAAUGCUUCUCUGUGUUAAAGGGUCCCUACCAGUGAAGAGAACCAGUCUGUUGGACACUGAAAGAUUAAAUGGAGGACAAACAUAUUUAUGUUUAGCAAAAGAAAAAAAAUCAAACAUGCAAAUUGUCAAAAUCUGCUGUAUUGACUUUUAAAAAAUAGUAUGUAUCCUUAAUGGUGUCUGUUGUGCUAUUGUGCAUUUGCACUGUAUCAAUGUCAAAAAUGUGUUGCUGAAAAACUUAACGUACGAACAAAGAGUGCAAAAAUGUGA